CUUCUCUAUCAAACAUAAAAUUCCCCCCCCCCCUGCUUCAGAGGUGAUCAUCAAGAAAUCUUUCCUAUUCCUUUCAAUCAUUCUCCAUUUAUUUAUCAUUUCCAAGUAAAUAAUCUUGAAUUACCUGCCUACCUCUCUCACCUACUUUGGGGCAUGUAACUUUGGCAAAUAUAUGUUCAAAUUUCAGCCCUUUCUCUACAAACCAACCCCUCCGAUCAUAUCCUCUUUCAAUCUUCUGCUGUCUGCUCUGAGGCUGUUGGCUAAUUGCUCUCUGGGGUUUAUGACUUCCCACGGACCGUCAAUAACUCUUUCACAUUCAAUAAUCCAUAUUCAUACCAAUAUCAAUAUCCAUAUUCCACAUCCAUACACCUGGGACCGUCCAUACAAAUACACACACAACUACCGCUAUAUCACUACCUCAUUCGAAUUGACAUCUUCCCCAGGUAUACACCAUCAGUAGAUCAAUAGGACUGCCGAAGAUCUGACAGUUGCUCUGACUCUCGAAAACUUGUCAAGUGGGACUUGUCUGAUGAGCUUAAUCUAACAAAGAGAGAGAAGAAGAAGAAGAAGAAAAAAAAAGAGAACACAGACACUACUUGACCCGCUCACCGCAACUACCCUACGAGAUUGUUAGCUUCUCCCUCUCUCGGAGUCUCUCCACACCAACUAGCAGAAAAGAACACACACACACACACGUACACACACACAUACACAGAGAGCAAGACCAAGUACCAAGUACCCAGCGGAACAUAAAAAGAACAAGGGCAGAUAACUUGCGUCGAUCAUUUCUGAAGAGAUUCAAGUGCAACUUGGGCCCCGCUCUUAUUCAACACCCCUCCUACAUCCAAGUCGACAAGCAUCCUCAACCAGACGCAUUCUCCAAUUAUCGAACGCCUUGACUAGUCGUUCUUUGCUCUCCAAAAGAAACUACUCAUCUCAACACCAUUCAAGGAUUACCCCACCCAACCAUUAUCCUUGAUUGUUCCUUCCCUCCAUCCUUAAGCUUUCUCUUCACCCAGACUGAAGCACAUAAAGAACGCUGAUCCCACCCGUUGGCACAUCACUACACUUUACUGAUCGACUCUUCCUUACCUCGAGAACUCUUUCUUUAUCAACACUAAUACACGUCCAUUACACGGGAUCUCACAUCGGAUCUACGCUUUAUUGAUACUACCCUACACUACACUUCUAUACACACAACAAAUAGACCAUCCACCACGCGCGCCAUUGUUUGCUUGAUCAGUAUUUUAUACUUUGUAUUUUAUUACGUCCACCAAAGAUGACAAUGACAAUGGACCGACAAUCGCCUUUUGACAGUGGUAUGCACUACAAUCACAACUUGCCAUACUCGAAUCCAGCACCGGUAACAUUCAUCCCACCGAACUGGGGUGCUCCAACGUCGGCGCCUCACACCAAUUCCAGCAUCUACACACCAACGCUGGGACUCGAGGGUAUUGAAAGGCAGCAGAGUGCACGCAUAAGUAGCCAUGUAUCAGCGGGACCGUAUAGCGUGCCAGUUACUGCGGCAUCAGCAGGUAACCUCUUUUCGGAUUUCUCUGGAGUGGAACAGGAUUUACUCACCAGUCAACAAGAUAUGAUGAGCCCUACUCGUGCUUUACCACCUGGAUAUGGGAGCGACGUCGGGUACAACAACGCACCUUCGCCUGCUCACACUGCUUAUACGUCAGCCCCAUCUCCAUUUGAUGGCGCUGGCUAUGCGCCGGCACCAAUCCCAUCCGCAGUUCGUGCAUAUUCCGUUCAGCAACAAGAUAACUCAAGACGCCUCUCACAACCGUCAGUAUCCUCCAAUUCAUUCUUCGAUGCCCCAGCCGAUGCCCCGCGGUCCCAUCGUCAGAACUCCCUUAUUGACUUUCAUAACAGAGGAUUGCCAAACAAUGAUAAUGCCAGCUAUCUACGAGACCCAACCAUGGAUGGCGCCAGAGACAUGCUUGCCAUGAGCCAAAACACCACACCAAGAAACAUUUUUGGUCCAUCGCGAAUUGGAAGAGGAUCUGCCGAUUCAUACGGUUUCCCGUCAACACACUCAAACCACUCGUCGAUUUCUUCGUCAUCAAACAGCUACCCAUACUACGGCGGCUCCGUCGAUUCUUCAAUGUCCGACUAUUCAAACGGGUCUGAUAUGGAAUCAGUAUCAGCGAGAACUUUACCUCCCCCCGGCAGUAUUCUUAGCGGUGGAAACCCCCCUUUACCUCCUCAAUCCAUGAUGGGCUCAUUCAGCUCAAAAGUAUCGACCAGUACCCAAAAGAAGCACAAGUGCAAGGUUUGCGACAAGAGAUUUACCAGACCAAGUUCUUUACAAACACACAUGUACAGUCACACUGGGGAGAAGCCAUUUCCUUGCGACGUUGAAGGUUGCGGCAGACAUUUCUCUGUUGUCUCAAACUUACGAAGACAUAAGAAAGUCCACAAGGGCGACGCAAAAUCGGAAGCUGGAUCCGAUGACCAUCACUCGGAUGAAUAAAUUCCACGUCUUUUAACUUGUACAAUACCUACUAUACAUGUUACGCUUUGUUCAUAUUACCAAUACUACGACAAUAGACGACCAAAAAGAUGAUUGGUCAACCAAAAUCUUCGACGCAAAUUUUAAUUGUCUUAAUGCUUCCUGGCAUCAUUUCAAUACCCUUUUCCUUUUGCAGUGGUGGCAGCGAUUGAAACCUCUGCAUCUCGAUUAUCAAUCUGCGACUUUUGACAAUGAGAGUCCUUUCUAUAUAUACGAUGCGGACAGGAUUGCAGUCACGAAAACUUAUAUUCACUUCUAAUUCGAUCACUACAUGGUUGUCCUCCUUUUCUUCUUCUUUCGAGGCACCAAACCAGAGUUACACUUGUGAUUUUCGGGGUUAAAAUCUGCGCUGUCUGGGACGGGAGCAAAGAUCAAUGUGUGCUUUUAAUGGAUGGCGUUGAAAAGGGUUUCAUCUUUGGCGGCAUGUAUCUUGCCAGGGGCAUUGCGGUGGGAAUUUGAUUUGGCACGUUUCAAUUGUAACUUGAGCGUGCCGUGUAUUGUUGUACUACUAGUUUGUUUCUCUUUAAAUUUCUUCGUUCAUUCGUUCACACAUACCCAAUUUUGAAUUGCGAUUAUCGGGAAAGGGGGAUUAGGAAGGAUGGAUGGUUGAAAGGAUUUGGGAGUGGCAAUGGAAUUGGAUUAGAUGGAUGGGUGAACAGAGCGCUGGAAUACCUUGAGUCGGAUUGGUAUUGACCUGGAUGAGAUCAGGUUUAUACACAUACCGUCGCUACGAUUAUAGAAAUUAAUAUCACGAAUAAAAUAUCAUAAACUUUAAUAUU